AUGGACACCGGGAGCCCCAGGAAGAUACAGUUCACCGUCCCACUACUGGACACCCACCUGGACCCAGAGGCAGCAGAACAGAUCAGAAGACGCAGACCCACACCUGCCACUUUGGUGGCAUCCAGUGAUCAAUCAUCACCUGAAAUAGAUGAAGAUCGCCUCCCAAACCAGUUGUACAAGGCAGCCUUGUUGAACUCCCCUCGACAACGACGAAAAGGGCCAAAGGGAACACCGACAAUGAAAGAGCUGCAGUUCAUGGUGGAGCAUCACCUGUACAGGCAGCAGCAGGGAGCCGGAGACGAGUGCUCCUCAGAGAGUUGCCUGUCGGACCGACCCAGCCCCGACUCUUUUCCCGCCGGGGAGGAGCUCCCACACGAUGAUGAGGCCACUGCAGAGGCCUUUGAGAAACUGCGCUGCCAAAUGGAGGAGUUCUCCAGAGAGAGUCUAUUAGAAGCUGCUGGAGGACUGGAGAAGGAGGAUUGUUCCAGCGUUGCCAACGUAGCAGAUCCCUCAUCGCAACAAAACAACGCACAACCAGACAGUGCGAGUCAGCCAACAGAGGAGAAGACAAAGAAAUGCAGCCUGGAGAAAGAGAAAUAGAGCGGUCUUCUGAAACACACAGUCUGCUCAGCCAGCCCAACACAAUGACAGAAGAUUGUGUCUGCAAAACCACUUUUUAGAUACAUCAGGGCAUCUACAGUAUGUUCUUUUACAGUCAGGCCUUAGUUACCACCCCGAGAACAAGAACAAAGGUUUCUACACUUAUUUUGUGUCAAAAAAUCCUGUGAGAAUUAUUUAAUCAUUAUGAAAUGCCAAGCUAA